AUGGAAAGAGAAUAUGUGGACAUGAGAGAUGAGAUGGAUAGAGCCAACAUGGAACCAAACAGACCCAGGGCCAGACAUGGAAAAGAAGAGAGAGUGAAGGACAGAAUAUCUUUACAAGGAGGGGUGGACAAAACUGCUCCCAAGGAAGGGAACAGCAGAGCCUCCACAGGACUGACCACCACCAGCCCAAAGAGCAAGCCAGUUGGAACCCCUGUUAUAAAUGAGAAUGCUGAUGCUCACCUACACAACCUGGUGAGAAGAAUGCGCCAAAGAACAGCCCUGUACAAAAGAAAGUUGACAGAGGGAGAAAUUUCCUCACCUGAAACCAGCCCACCUACUGCAAAGCCUACAGCUGUAUCAUCAAAUCAGGAAAGCAAUUCUAAGCUAAAAAAAGAACAUUGUUGUGGCAUGCUGUGUUGCAAAUUCCAGAAGGUGCCUCUGACAAAGUACCUAAAAAGAAUUAGACUUCCAAGAAGCAUAGAUUCAUACACAGAUCGACUGUAUCUGCUGUGGCUCUUGCUUGUCGCCAUGGCUUAUAAUUGGAACUGCUGGCUGAUACCACUGCGUCUCGUCUUUCCAUAUCAACCCAGCACAACACAUUACUGGCUUAUUGUGGACAUCAUCUGUGAUAUCAUCUACCUUUGGGAUAUGCUACUAAUCCAGCCAAGGCUCCAGUUUGUAAGAGGAGGAGAAAUAAUAGUAGAUUCAAAUGAGCUAAAGAGACAUUACAGAACUUCUACAAAAUUUCAGUUGGAUAUUGCAUCAGUAAUACCAUUUGAUGUUUUCUACCUCUUCUUUGGGUUUAAUCCAAUAUUUAGAGCAAAUAGGAUAUUAAAGUACUAUUCAUUUUUUGAGUUUAAUCAUCACCUAGAGUCUAUAAUGGACAAGGCACAUGUCUACAGAGUCAUUCGAACAAUUGGAUACUUGCUGUUUAUUUUGCACAUUAAUGCCUGUAUUUAUUACUGGGCCUCCAACUAUGAAGGAAUUGGCACAACUAAAUGGGUAUAUAAUGGCAAAGGAAACAAGUAUCUGAGAUGUUAUUAUUGGGCAGUUCGAACUUUAAUUACCAUUGGAGGCCUUCCAGAGCCACAAACCUCAUUUGAAAUUGUUUUCCAACUAUUGAAUUAUUUUUCUGGAGUUUUCGUGUUCUCCAGCUUAAUUGGUCAGAUGCGAGAUGUAAUUGGGGCAGCUACAGCCAAUCAGAACAACUUCCAGGUUUGCAUGGAUCGUACCAUUGCCUACAUGAACAAUUACUGCAUUCCUCUAAGUGUGCAGAAUCGAGUUCGGACUUGGUUUGAAUACACAUGGGACUCUCAGAGAAUGCUAGAUGAGUCUGACUUGCUUGAGAACCUGCCAACUACCAUGCAGUUAUACCUCGCCAUUGAUAUGAACUUCAAGAUCAUCAGCAAAGUCGAUUUGUUCAAGGGUUGUGAUACCCAGAUGAUUUAUGACAUGCUGCUAAGACUAAAAUCCACUAUUUACUUACCUGGUGACUUUAUCUGCAAAAAGGGAGAAAUUGGUAAGGAAAUGUAUAUCAUCAAGCAAGGAGAAGUCCAAGUUCUUGGCGGCCCUGAUGGUGCUCAAGUUAUAGUCAUUCUGAAAGCUGGGGCAGUGUUUGGAGAAAUCAGCCUUCUGGCAACCGGAGGAGGAAACCGUAGGACUGCUGACGUGGUGGCACGUGGGUUUGCCAAUCUUUUAACUCUAGACAAAAAAACCCUCCAAGAAAUUCUGCUGCAUUACCCAGAUUCUGAAAAGCUCCUCAUGAGGAAAGCCAGAGUGCUUCUGAAGCAGAAGGGAAAGGCCACAGAGGCAACCCCUCCAAGAAAAGGACUUGCCUUCCUCUUCCCAACAAAAGAAGAGACACCUAAAAUAUUUAAAGCUCUCCUGGGAAGCACAGGAAAAGCAGAUCUUGGAAGACUCCUCAAACUGAAAAAAAACCAAACCGUUCAGAAAGAAAAUGAAAACGCCAAAGCAGGAGAAGAUAAAGAAGAAUAUGAAGAUAAAGGAAGAGAGCCAGGACAGAAAACACUGUAUGGGUGCAAAUGUACAGCAAAUUCUUCUACAGGAGAGGAAACGCCCCUGUGGAUUAGAAGGGCAGUUCUACCGAAAGGCACUUCCCCUCAGUCACUCAUCAUUAGUAUGGCUCCUUCUGCUGAGGCUGGGGAAGAGGUUCUGACUAUUGAAGUCAAAGAAAAGACUAAGCAAUAA